GAUGACCAUGGAUGAAAAAUAUGUGAACAGCAUUUGGGAUCUUCUAAAAAAUGCAAUCCAAGAGAUUCAGCGUAAGAACAACAGUGGUCUCAGUUUUGAGGAACUGUAUAGGAAUGCAUAUACUAUGGUAUUACAUAAACAUGGAGAGAAGCUAUACACUGGACUACGAGAAGUUGUUACGGAACAUCUCAUAAACAAGGUGCGGGAAGAUGUGCUAAAUUCAUUAAAUAACAACUUCCUCCAAACAUUAAACCAAGCAUGGAAUGAUCAUCAGACAGCAAUGGUGAUGAUCAGAGACAUUUUGAUGUAUAUGGACCGUGUAUAUGUACAACAAAAUAAUGUGGAGAAUGUCUACAAUUUGGGAUUAAUCAUCUUUCGUGAUCAAGUUGUACGUUAUGGAUGUAUUAGGGAUCAUCUCCGACAGACAUUGUUGGACAUGAUUGCAAGGGAACGGAAAGGAGAAGUUGUAGACAGAGGAGCAAUAAGGAAUGCUUGCCAGAUGCUAAUGAUUCUAGGCCUUGAAGGAAGAUCGGUCUAUGAAGAAGACUUUGAAGCUCCAUUUUUAGAGAUGUCAGCAGAAUUCUUUCAGAUGGAAAGCCAGAAAUUUUUAGCAGAAAAUAGUGCUUCAGUUUAUAUAAAGAAAGUAGAAGCUAGAAUUAAUGAAGAAAUAGAACGUGUUAUGCACUGCCUUGAUAAAUCAACUGAAGAGCCAAUUGUAAAAGUUGUUGAGAGGGAGCUUAUUUCCAAGCAUAUGAAGACUAUAGUGGAGAUGGAAAACUCUGGUCUUGUACACAUGCUGAAAAAUGGAAAAACAGAAGAUCUGGCUUGCAUGUACAAGUUGUUUAGUCGUGUGCCGAAUGGCCUGAAGACAAUGUGUGAGUGUAUGAGUUCCUACCUGCGGGAACAAGGUAAAGCCCUUGUAUCUGAAGAAGGAGAAGGAAAAAAUCCAGUUGACUAUAUUCAGGGUUUACUGGAUUUGAAGAGUAGAUUUGACCGCUUCCUUCAAGAAUCUUUUAAUAAUGACAGACUCUUCAAACAAACUAUUGCGGGUGACUUUGAAUAUUUCCUCAACCUCAACUCCAGAUCUCCAGAGUAUCUCUCAUUAUUUAUUGAUGACAAGCUAAAAAAAGGAGUCAAAGGACUAACUGAGCAAGAGGUAGAGACUAUAUUGGAUAAGGCAAUGGUUCUGUUUAGGUUUAUGCAAGAGAAGGAUGUAUUUGAACGAUACUAUAAACAGCACUUGGCAAGGAGGCUUCUGACCAACAAAAGUGUUUCAGAUGACUCAGAGAAAAAUAUGAUUUCUAAAUUAAAGACUGAAUGUGGAUGUCAGUUCACAUCAAAACUGGAAGGAAUGUUCAGGGACAUGAGCAUCUCAAACACAACAAUGGACGAAUUUAGGCAACAUCUACAGGCAACAGGGGUCUCAUUAGGUGGUGUUGAUCUGACAGUGCGGGUUCUCACAACGGGCUACUGGCCCACUCAAUCAGCCACACCAAAGUGCAACAUUCCCCCAGCCCCCAGACAUGCUUUUGAAAUAUUUAGGAGAUUUUAUUUAGCCAAACACAGUGGACGGCAACUGACACUCCAGCAUCAUAUGGGCUCUGCAGAUCUCAAUGCCACCUUUUAUGGUCCUGUUAAGAAGGAAGAUGGCUCAGAGGUUGGUGUAGGAGGUGCCCAAGUAACUGGCUCUAACACACGGAAGCACAUAUUGCAAGUCUCCACUUUCCAAAUGACGAUACUAAUGCUCUUUAACAACAGAGAAAAAUACACUUUUGAGGAAAUACAACAGGAGACAGAUAUCCCUGAAAGGGAACUUGUACGAGCACUACAGUCCCUCGCAUGUGGAAAGCCAACACAACGGGUUCUUACAAAAGAACCGAAAUCAAAAGAAAUAGAAAAUGGACAUAUAUUUACGGUGAAUGAUCAGUUCACAUCUAAACUGCACAGAGUGAAGAUUCAAACAGUUGCUGCCAAACAAGGAGAAUCAGACCCAGAAAGAAAAGAAACAAGACAGAAAGUAGAUGAUGACAGAAAACAUGAGAUAGAAGCUGCUAUAGUGCGGAUAAUGAAAUCUAGGAAGAAGAUGCAGCAUAAUGUGCUAGUAGCAGAGGUAACUCAGCAACUGAAGGCACGAUUCCUACCAAGUCCAGUUGUUAUUAAAAAACGUAUUGAAGGACUUAUUGAACGAGAAUAUUUGGCACGAACACCUGAGGACCGCAAAGUAUACACUUACGUAGCAUAAAAUGUGUUUCGCAAAUAUGAUUUAUUCUUGGACUAUACUCUUCGCAUGAACUGGGAAGUUCUUUUAAAUCAUUAAAUAUUAAGAUGACCAUCUCUUCUAUUAAAUUACAAUACAUGUUCUAGACCAUUCAGAUCAAGCCUUUACACCUUCGGAGAGUUUUUCAACAUCAAAAUGAUUGAGCUUCAAGCUUUUCAGCGUUUAUCCCUGUAGAGAUCAUCCUUACAGUUCCUCGGGAAAAUGUGAAUGUGCUGCGUUUUUGUUUUCAAUACUGUAUGAAAACAGAAAAAUAAAAAUAAAAACAAAUUUAGAAAAUACAGCUCAUUACAAAA